AUGGAUUCCUCAUCAACUCUAAUUGAUCUUGAUAAUGAUGAACAAACCGUAAAUUUGGGAGAGACCCAAACACCAAAACCUUCAAGUGCUCCUAGUAGUACUUGUCCACUUCCUAGGAAACGGAAGGGGAAGGACCCGUCAAUUGUUUGGGAUCAUUUUACUAAAGUUGAGGGUUGUCCCGUAGAUGAUCCGAAGGCUAAGUGUAACUAUUGUGGCAAGAUUUAUGCUUGCCACUCAAAGAGAAAUGGGACUUCAACUAUGCAAAACCACUUAUCUGCAUGUCCAAGAAAUCCUCAUAAACGCGGGCCUCUAGAUAGAUAUCAACAAACAUUGGCGGUUGAGGAAGUUGGAGAGAGUGAUAGUAGCGUGGUAAGAAAUCUUGUAACCCACAAAUAUAGUGAAGAUGCAGUGAGGUUGGCCAUUGCGGAAAUGGCCAAGCUUAGAAAGUUGUUUAAAGACGGGGAGAUGAGAGUUUCAUUGACUACUGAUACAUGGACAUAG